AUGGCGGCGGAAUGGUCCGGCGGCAUGGGUGGCAUGGCUACGACGCCUACGAGGCGGUCAGUGCUGCUGGGGACCUCAGCCGCGAACAUGCGGGCAGGCAGCGUGGCCGGCAGGUUCAGGCCAGUGUCACCGCAAGGUCCGGGAGGAGGGCUCUUGUCUCCGUUGCGGCUACGCCUGCGCUGGCGACACUUGAGGAGGAGGGCGAGUUUGGGGCUCCAGCACCCGUCCCUGCCUCCACUUUCGUGUCCGCGAACACGCUCACCCCGCCACCGGGCUUUCCAGGCUUUCCAGGCUUGCUCGCCUUCUCUAGUAAAGGCUUCGUGCCAGCGCCGGUGCCCUUGCAAGCGACUGCCGUACCUCAGCCAGAGAGCGGCAAGAAGAGCAAGCACACGAAGCACAAAGCACAAGCGCCGCCGACGCCAACACCGACGCCGACGCCGCCUUCGCAGGUGCCGCAUCGCCUCGCUCGCUCCACGCUGCUGCUGCUCCUGCUUUUCAGUGCCUUCUUGGGCUUCCUCGUCGUCUGGCGCCAAGCGAAGGUCCUCCUCAACAAGCCCCGGGGCGACUUCCGCGAAGAGGCGGCUCCAGUAG